UUCAGAUAAUGGCAGAUGACGGUCUCGGUGACGUGCCAAUGGAAACGGAAAGUAUGCCACAGUACACAAUUUCCCAUGUUAUUGAAGCCCACAAAUCCGACACAAAGGCUUUGGCAGUUACUCAAGGCGGAUGCUUGAUAUCGGGUGGUCGUGAUGAGACGGUUAAAUUUUGGGCAAAAAAAGGAAAACAGUAUACGAAAACGCACGCCUUUGAACAACCGAAAGGAAUAACUGUGAACUCCAUUGCAUACGCUGAACUAGCGGACGGAUGGAGACUUUUUGUUGGCCGAAGAGAUGGAACAAUUGCAGUUUUUGGCCCGAGUCAGGCGGAACCAUAUGCAAUUUUCAAUGAGCAUAAACAGAAUGUUUGCUGUCUUCACAUUAACGAAAAAGCGACUCACAUGCUGAGUGGUUCGUGGGAUUCCAACGUCAUCAUCUGGCCGAUUACCGAGUUGAACUCGUCGUCAUUCACUACUAUUGUUUGUCCAGGCCAUACCUUGUCUGUGUGGGCUCUCGCUUCUUUCCCGGAUCUUCCCAACACUUAUCUAUCUGCCAGUGCUGAUAAAACAAUUCGUAUGUGGUUUGGAGAUACCACUCUCUCAGUUUUCAAAGGCCAUACUGAUGUCGUGCGAGCUCUCGUCGUAUUAUCAAGCUCUCACUUUUUAUCUGCUGGAAACGAUGGACAUAUCAUUCAUUGGGAUGUUGCAUCAGCGUCGAUUCUCAGAAAAUUUGCAACUCAGGCACAUGAAUUCAUUUAUAGUAUGACAUUGAGCGAUUCCCACAUAUUAACAACUGGUGAAGACGGAACACUUGAAUUUUGGGCAAUAGAUGGAGGCAAAGAUGGAAAUUUGGCAAUUGUUUCUGAAGCAGUUAUUCAAUUACCAACUACGAACACUUGGGAUGCUAAAGUUUUAUUAAAUUCCGAUAUCGCUGUGGCUGGAAGUGAUGGACGGAUCUAUAUCAUGACCACUGAUAAGAAUAGAAAAGCUGACGAUGAUAUCUUAGAUGCAUUUGAUGCAGAAGUUGUCGCAAAGCUUACUGCGAAGACGGAAAGGAUGAAGCAAGAAGAGCAUGAAACUGUCACUAUCAAAGUUGACAUAGACGAUCGACCGACUCAACUAAAUCUCAAAUACAAAAAGGGAACAGAUCCGGGUCUUUGUGCUCAAGAGUUUUUGAGUGAGAAUAAUUUGCCAAUUCACUAUCUGGAGGAGAUUACUAGAUUCAUCAAGGACCGUAUUCCAGAAGCUCGGGCAUUUGACUUGAAAUCUGGCAAAAAAGUUAUAGUCGACGGAAAAGAGUACGAUUACGCAUUAGGUGUUAAUUUUGGAAAAGGCGAGCCGGACAAGCAAAUGCCAUUCAACGUGAAUGAGAGCCCUCAGUUUGCUGCUCAACGCUUUGUGGAGAGACAUCAACUUCCUGUGAGCGUUAUCCCUUCUCUUGCUGGAAUGAUCAGUCAGGAGAUGGACAAGUUGUCGAAAGGAGCUGCUUCUGCUCAGUCUGGAUAUGAGGAUCCGUUUACUGGACCAGGAAGAUAUGUACCUCAAGGUUCGUCGAAUUCUGGCGGUCACGGUGCAGAUCCUUUCACCGGAUCCGGAAGAUACGUACCUCAAGCAUCAAACUCGAGUGGCUUUGACACUGGUUUUUCUGGUGAUCCUCUUACCGGAGACGGUGGAUAUCGUGCGUCCGCACCUGAAAAUACUGGAAGUCAUGCCGUUCCUCUAUCAUCUCUUCCACAAAACAAGAAGAAACCACGUGGACCAUUGGUUCCAGUUCCUGAUUUUUACAUUAUUGGGCUUGCUGGAAAAGGCGAGAAAGCAAUUGCAAAACUGAAAGAGCUAAAUGAAAAGCAGGAUGCAUUCCAAUUGAAUCCUGAUCAGAUUAAUGGCCUUGAGGAACUUUUUGUUCUCCCAACCUCUUCGAAUUAUUCAUCAGAAGUCACGCAGUCUGCAUUCGAAAUGUCUCUACAAUGGCCAGUGGAGCACUUGACGCCAGUUCUUGAUUUUCUGAGAAUCGCACUAACUCAUCAUUCACUGAAUUCGUAUUUCUGUGAUCGUGAACGUGGUCAGGAACUUGUCGGAAGAUUAAUUGCUAUUCUUGUGUCAGAUCCGGCUGAUGUGGCUUUGAAGGUUCUGGUUUGUAGAUGCAUCGCAAAUGCAUUUUCGCAUCCAGUCGGUCGCAACCUGUUUGCUUCCACCGAGCUCUCUACUCUAGCCCCACUGGUUGUUCGUCAAGUUCUUAAUGAAAAGACGGUUCUCCAAAUGUCUGCUGCUACAGCUCUUGCCAACUGGUCUCUUGCUUUAUUGCAACAAUCCGAGCAAUGCGAACAGCUGGGACCCAAGGAAGACUUAUUGAGAGCCAUUUUGAACGGAAUCGAAAGCGUCGACUCAUUCGGAUAUUUGGGUGAAGACGCCAUCAUUCGUCUGCUUCAAGCAUUAGUUACAGUCAUGUGGGGAGAUGCCUCAGUUAUUCGACUUGCCAAAAAUCGUAACAUUGCCCAAAUUGCCGCUCGUCUCAAGGAUGCAGUUUCGAACGACUCGGGAAAAAAUAUUGCUCGUGAUAUUGUGGAAAUGACUUAUGCUGUAUGAAAAGUGUUCUAAAAGACCGGUUCAAUUUUAUUUGUAUAUAAAUUGUCCAGUGCUUGUAUUUUUUUUCCGGUAAAACCAUUUAUUUUUCACAGCCCGAUUGUACUAGAAUUUCAGCCCGAUCUAAUUUAUUUGUUCUUUCUCUAUUCAUGUUAUGUAAAAGACUACAUGCUAGCCUGAAAGUUUCCUUAUCAAUCAAUAUGAACAUGUUCUUGAUGUCUUUCUUUUUACCGGUUCAAUGGAUAUUUUACCACAACAAUUAUCGCAGCUCAGUUGAAUUGUGUAGAAUUUUUCAAGCUUAUACUUCUAAAAGAUAUUC